AUGGCUGUCGACUACCCCCAAUUCUCUUACACGAAACCAAAACGUCUUCCAAAGCAACGAUGCCGCCCAUCCAAUGCCGCUUUCCGGGUUGCAGCGGCGCAACUCGAUCUUAUCAAUCGCAAAGUAGGUGGAAUCCGUAUACCAGCGAUCGUAGAGCUGAGUGAUGGAGAGCCCAGCCCGGAGGUAGAAUACGAAAUGGUGGAAUAUGCCGUGGAGAACGCACUGGCAAAGGAACGUGGUCUCCCAAGUGGUAACACGUUCAAGCGCAAGAUCCCAAUAUGCACUAGCAGUUCCAAGUCACCAAUCUCGCAUCGAAAACGACGUUUUAUCGUGGACUCGGACGACGAGGAUAGCAGUGAGUUACUAUGCUUCACACUCACGCUCAUUCUCUAA